AAUAAAAUAGUGUACAACAAAUUGAAUCUCUUCUCGCAUACGUACAAAACAUACAUUCCUUUCUCAAAGCCUCCAUGUCUAAUCAACCAUAAACCCAAAAAAUAUAUAUAAAAAAAAAAACAGAACUCUACAUACACAAAUUAUAUAUAGAUAUAUACAUUUACAGCAACCCGGCGUCGUGGCUCUGUCGUCCGACGGAAAUGAAGGAGCCGAUGAUGCGGCGGCGCACCCUCAUGCUCUGUGAGGAACUCUCACUUCCAUCGUUUCAAAUCAUAGUGAUAAACGCAGAUGUGGGAUGUGUCCGUUGUCAAGACAGAGUCUCUAAGAUUGUCUCCAAGAUGACCGGGAUAGAAGAAUACGUGGUUGAUGUAAAGAAGAAGCUGGUCAUGGCACGAGGUGACUUUAAACCGCGUUUGAUUUCUCAUCAGCAACAAGUCAAGGGCGUCGUCUCUCAAACUCUGUUCCAAGACGCCAAACGCUUUUUUCGGUCUCUAAACCUCUUCCUUCGCUCAAUUUUCUCCCUUUGUUUAUGUCCAAGUACAUUUUAAAUUCUAUCACUUACUACAAAACUCAUUACAGUGAUUAAUAUUGGGACAAAGUAACUAAUAUCCAAGGUGAUUAUUUUUGUGGUA